CUCAUGCUCCCGUUCACGGGCCCUACUAGGCACCCGAACCUCAGCCUACACUAAAGGUCUUAAAACAUUACAAGACUAACAUCGGAACCGACUCUAGGUACUCAUUCUGUUCCCCAGAUCCAACUUCAGGUAUCACCCAUCCCUCAUUGCGACAGCUAGCGCAACACCAUCUCUUGCGUCGUCUUUCUCUACUUUAAUACACUCAUGAGUGACGCGCGACUAUUUGUGAGGCGGCUUCAGAUGGCUCCGAGCAACUCCCUGAAUUAUGCUGCCAGGGUUAUGGAAUGUCGACGGAAGCCAACGCCAAUACACUGUUAAAGCCGAAGCCAUCGACAGAGCGUCAAGACAUGCGCGGCGAUUCCAUGCUGAGAAGAUAUCCGUCUUCGCUUCUAAUGAACUCGACGACCCAAAACAGCGAGCGGAACAUGAUCAGCGCACUGACAGCGUACAGACUGCAGCAUUUAGAGGGUCUGGUUCCAGUCCAUCUCGGCCAUGGCGCGUUUCGUCACAGGAUCGCGCCCCAUCCUGCCAUGAGAGGAAGGCGGUCGUCGCGCAGAAGAGACCAAAGACGGCGAUCUGGAAUACUGGGCCCGACGAUGACGAUGCCCUGCGCAACCUUGCCGUACUCCGUACUCGGCUACCACUCACCCUGAGCGACGGGGUGGCCAUUGUUCCACACACCCCAUUUGGUCCAAUCCGCCUUGUCGUUCCAACCUCUCCAUGUGCGCGCACGCCGACCUGCUCGGGAGGUCCUCGCGCUCGAAGUGGUUGUCUAGCGGUUGCUCUCAACGGUCCGGAUGCUCGGCGAGAAAUUCGAGGGCCGAGAAUACCCUCGCUGUUAUUACAUCUUAAGGCUGAGAUCCAUCGAGAAGGGGUGGCAUAGGUGUCGCUGUACUGUUGUGCUAUAACCGCGAUCAUCCAGGAGAGAGGGUAGCUACUAAUGCAAGCUCUAGUGCUGAUGUAGUGAGUUGACGUGCGCAGCGCAAUAGGACGGUUCGCAGCCCUGAACCUGAAGGCUGUUGCGUGU